UGAUGUACACAAACGAUAAGAGAAAACGAAAAAUGGUAGUAUGACAUGUACUGCACAGGGGCACUUUUUUCAUCUAUCCGCUGCACUUGCAGGUCAGGACAGCGAGCAGGGGACGCGCUCCGGGAAGACAAGCGUCACCACGCCGGCCGGCCGGCAGGAGCACCGACGCGCACCAUGCCUUCCUCUCCCUCCGCCAAUCCGGGCCACGGCGUCGCCGCCGCCGCCGUGCCGUCCGGGCCCACGGGCGCCGAGGGCUUCGCCUCGAUCCUGGCCACCCAGGGAGAGCUCGACGCGCUCUGCCGGGAGCACGGCGUCCCCGAGGGGUUCACCGCGCUCCCCGCCGGCGACCUGCGCGCGAACUCGACGCCGCCGCCGGGGGCCAUCUGCGUGUACGCGCGCGCGCUGGAGGCCGGGAUGCGCGUCCCUCCGCACGGCUUCUUGCGCGAGGCCCUCGCCCACUUCGGCGUCGCGCCGGCCCAGCUCACGCCCAACGGGUGGCGCAUGAUGGCCGGCUUCCUCGCGCUCUGCCGCUCGACCGGCGUGCCGCCGUCGCUCGUGGUGUUCCGGCGUUUCUUCCUGCUGUCCAACGUCUCCCAGAAGCACAAGAAAGGCUGGUACUUCCUCCAAUCCAGGCAGGGCUCCGGCCUGCGCUUCACGGGGACGCCGAACCCGAACUCCAUUGCUAUCAAGGACUGGAAGCGCGAGUUCUUCUUCCUCUCUUCGCCGGAGCCGUGGCCUUGCGCCGUGGAGUGGGGCGAGCCGUCCAGGAGCGCACUCAUGAGGCCGGUGCUCACCGCUCAGGAAAGCAAAUCGGCGGCCAAGUUGCUGCGCGUUCACGGGGGCGCCGCCGUUGAUCUCAGGACGUAUCUCAGCAGCAGCAACCUCGCCGCCGCCAUGAUAGCCACCACUGCAUCGGCACCGCCGCCGCGGCCGCCAUCAACGCCUACUGCUCCUAGUUCCAAAGGCAUGGAUCCCGCUGUCCAGGACAUGAUGAAGGUUAUGCUCGCGGAGAAGGCGUCGGCGUCGACCUCGGCCGUGAAAGCCGAGCCGGGCAGCAACGCAGCAGUGUCGCCAACUUUGUGCGGGGAGAAAAGGGGUCUGGAGGAAGCCAACGACGAGGAGGGUCUAUCUCUUCCUGUGGCGGACAAGGCGACGAAGAGGAUUCGGGAGGAAGCAAGCGGCGAGGAGGAGGUUCCGCGUCUUUCGGCGCCGAACACGCCGCUGUCCAGCGUGUGCUCGCCACCGCCGGGCUUCUCCGGGAAGCCGCAGUACAUUCCCGGCAGGCACGACGGAGACACCACGGACUGGGAGGCUGCGCGUGACCUGCUCCAGGGCGCCGUCGCGCCGCCGCUGGAGCGCGCGUUCGCGGCGAGCGCGCCUUCCGAGGUCGUCAAGUCGAGCUACGCUGCGAUUCUGCAGGCCGCGAACUACGCGUCGUUCUCCUUCCGCCACGCGCUGGAGCUGGAGGAGAAGCUGGCGGCCAGGGAGCGCGAGGCCACGGCGCUGCGGGGGCAGGUGGAGGAGGCAAAGGCCGAGCUCGCGGCGGCGAAGCGGGCGGCAGAAGCGGAGCGGGAGAAGGCGAGGGAUGAUUUCGCUGCGGCGGGGGCUGAGCUCGAGAUGGCGGAAGGCGAGGCGGCCGUGGCGAAGCGGGCUGGGGAGGCGCAGGCCGAGCUCGCCGCGGCUCGGGCGGAGGCGGUGAAGAAGAGGGCCGAGCUCGCGGAGUUGAAGCGGGCCACAGAGGCAGAGGCCGAACUCGCCGCGGCGGAGGCGGCGGCGGUGCAGCAGCUGCUGGCGUCCGAGGAGGAGGUGCGGCGGCGCGCGGAGGACGCGCUGGAGGCGUACGAGCGCUGGCGAGGCCGUCACGCUCCGGCCGGUCGUGUUGCUUGAGCUUGAGUAGCUCACUGGCUCGUCGAUGGAUCUGUUGGAAUCUGAGAAAUUGCUGGACGACUCCGUCGGCACAUCGGCAGAUGACGAACAAAUCAUUUGGUCGAUCUCGAUCGAUUCUACGGGCUCUCUUCUUCUAGCCUUCGGGUGCGCGGUGUAGGACUAACAUCCAGGCCCAGUUCUUUUUGGCCGAUUCUCCUAAAAAAAUCUUCAGAAUCGACUCUUCACCUAGCUUUUUUCAGAAUCUUGAAAUUCAUUUUUUUUUGACAAUUUGAUAUGUUUACAUUCUAACUAGUUAGAAUUGUAAAAAAUAUAUGAGUUCAAGAUUCUGAAAGAUGCUAGAAGAAAGCCCGAUUUUUAAGAUUCUGAGAGAAUCGGCAAAAAGAACCAGGCCUCGGUUUUCUGUGAUGUGAUACGCAUUGCAGCAUAUGUGAUUUCUUGUUCGCUACUGUAGGUCGAUCAUUUUUUCCGUGCCCAAUGAAUAUGACUAGAGUGCCGAUGUGCU